UAAUGAUAUCUUUAAUUGACUCAUUAACAUUUCACACACUUAGUGUGAAAACACACACACACACACACACACACACACACACUUCAGUGUCAAAGUGAACUGUGAUAUAUUUUUAAUGGAGUGAAAACAUGCGUGCACGUGCGCGUGCGCUCUCUCACACACACACACACACACACACACGGUUUAUUUAUUCAUGAGCAUCGUGCUGGAUUGGGUCCAUAUUUUGCAGCCGGAGGGUAAUAGGUGUAUGUGUGUGUGUGUGUGUGAGCAGAGCAGCGGUGGUGGUGGUCUCCGGACGGACGGACGGACCGACCUGUACCGGGCUCUCUACCCGGAACCAUUCUGCAGACAGGAAACUACCAUUUUAACGGCAGCAGCAUCGGAGGAGCCGUCGUACACACACAGGGGGGGGAUCCUAAAUCUGACACGGGGCGGAAAACAACCGACCAGCCGACCGAGAGGAGAGAAGAAGGAGAAACACGACGGGAACUAAACAAAGGCUCCGUGAGGCUGAAGAGGAGCAGCAGACUGUGGCCACAGACAGACCGGAGCAGCCAGAGGAACUAGUGUUUGUUAUCGAGGCAGCAGCAGCAGCAGCCCUCCCGGGCCGAUGGACAGACGGGCCUCUCAGUGUUUUUCCAUGGUGGAUGAAGAGAAAGGCCCGCUGACAGGCAGUAGAGAGCCGGACCUGCUCUCCUCUCUCCAUGGUCUCACUCCUCUCCUCUUGGGCUGCUGAGCUGCUUCUGCUUCUAGACGUCGGAUGCUUCAACAAGACUGUCGACCUAAAGUCACCGGGUGUCGGCGGGGAGAGAGAAGACAGUUUCCUCCCCCGGAACACGCUGCGGUCCAGCAGGGAGCUCCAGACCUCCAGACCGGUGGAUCAUCAGCCGGCUGUCCGAAGAACUCCAUGAGGGGACAGAAGGGCAGUGAAGCAAUGGUUCACCCUCCACUGAAAUAACGGACACACUCCACUUCACGGGACCGCUGACCUGAUUUUUAUAAAUCAGCAUACGAUUAUGGAACACUCUGAAGAAACACUACAGACUCUGUUUUUUAGUAUGAUUUAGUUUAUUGCCUAUUUAUGACCCUUUUUUUAUGACAUCCCACUGAAGCACUUGAAGGCUUCACUCUCGAAUGGAGAGUAACAGUAUUAGUGAUACAUUUAUGUGAGAAAGUCAAGCAUCGGCUUUUGGUGGAUUAUAGCGGUUCGUUGGACGUUCGGGGGUCAGGACUACCUCUGAAAAUCCCACCUUGUCAGUUUGACAAGGGGUCACCGCUGUUUCCAGCAAUCACAGGCUGAGUGCACGUGGCCGUUGUGGCUACGUGACACUUUGCCACAGCUGUAUUGGAAGAUGUUCCAGUUCAGCAAGUACCCCAUGGACAUCUUAGAGAUGCUGAGUGGACACCAGGCCCACCAGUUCAAAGGCCUGGGAUUAGAACGACAGCUGAGCCACCAGCAGCAGGUCCAGCUGCAGCAUCAGCAGCAGCUCCAGCAGCAGCACCAGCCCUCCGCUGACAGCUCUGGAAGCCUCCUGUCCGGCCUCGGCCUCGGAUCCCUCCAGAGUUCUCGGAGUAACGCCUUCGCCGACUCCUCGUCGUUGUUCGCCAAAAUGGGCGCCCCACCCCCAUCCAUCUCCCAUCAGAGCCACUCGUCCUCUUCGUCUCACAGCUCCAGGAAGUCCAGUAAGAUGAGCAGCAGUAGCAGCAGCAGCGGGAGCGGGAGCUCGGGGUACCCCCAGUUCCUGCGUCCUUUCCACCCGGCCGAGGCAGCGCUGGCUCAGGAGCAGCUCCACUCUGGGAUGGGACGUUUUGACUUCAGCGGGGGCAGCGGUGGAGGAGGCGCAGGGGUCCUCGGGGGAGUCGUCACACCUGCACCCCCGCCUCCACCGCUGCAUCCAGGUCUCUCUAUCCCCCAGCCCUCCCCUGGUCCCCCCUCUUCGUCGCCCUCUACCUCCACCUCUUCGGCCUCCAAUAACCCCCCCGGCAGCACUGCAGUCCCCUUAGUCGGCCAGUCCGAUCCCCGCAGCCUCCACCAGCAGUUCAGCUGCAUGCUCGCCGCCAACCAGUACUUCCUGUCCGGCGUCCCCACCAACAGCAGCCUGGAGCAGUUCCUCGUCCAGCAAGGCACUCACAACCACUUAGGCUUGGGUCUGGGCCAAGGGACCGGCGAGUCAAACUCGGCCCUGGCCCCUCCCCCCGCCCUCCACUCCUCACACAGCCACAGCCACACAGGGCAGCCUCAGCAGCAACAACAGCAGCUGACCCCUCAUGCCUUAUCUCAUCCACACAGCCACACCCACCACCCGCACCCUCUCCACCCGGCUCCCCAGCCUCCCCCGCUGGGUGGAUUUGAUUUCCAGGGCAUUCCGGUCCUUUCCUCUAACCAGAUAGCGUCACUAAUGCAGCAAGAGGCCGGCCUUCCCCUUCCCCUGCCCCUGCACCUGUCCCUCUCUAAAGACGAUGCAAAAACAGGAGACAGCUCGUCUUCAUCAGCUUCAAGUGGAGGAAGCAGGAGAAAGAAAGCGAUGGCGGGCUACCUGCCCCAGAGGAAAUCGGAGACUAGUACCCACACUCAAGGCAGCAGCAGUGUUAGUAACUGCCAUAACAGCAGCUCGAGUGGGCACAGUCAGAGCUCCUCAUCGGGCCUCGUGGGAGGAGGAUCUGGGGGUGUUGGGAUAAGUGGCAUCGGAAGCGAGCCACCGCAUUCCUCUCUCCUCUCACCGUCCUCACAGCAACAGCAGUCAUCCUCCACCGUCUCCUCCUCUUCGUCUGCCCCUCCUUCCUCUAACUCCACCUCUGUGCUUGUAGCUAACGGUAACCAACAGUCCAAAUCCCAAGACCGCCACCGUAACAGUUCAUCUGGCCAGGCCGAACCAGAACCCCUUUACCACUGUGGUGAAUGUGGUAAAACCUUCACCCACCUCUCCAGCCUCCGGAGGCACCUCCGCAGCCACGGCUUGACGCCAGAAAGCCAGAGCAGGAAGUCAGACUGUAACUCCCCCAGCCCAGAGAGGAUAUUCUGCUGUGGCGAGUGUGGGAAGAGAUUUAAAAAGAGGGGUCACCUCAUCCAACAUAGUGUCACCCACUCAGAAAACCGACCUUUUGUUUGCAACAUCUGCCAAAAGUCCUUCAACCGUCGGGAGUCACUCACAAGACAUGAGAAGAUUCACGACGAGAAGCCUUUCCGCUGCCCGGCUUGCGGGCGUUGCUUCCGUGAGAGCACCUCCCUCCUCAACCAUGCUGCUUCAGGUGCCUGUGGUAAACCUCCGCGGAGUUCAAAAAACCGGACGAGCAGUGGAGGGAGUGGGUCGUCCAACCCGAGCAGCAGUAAAAUGGGAAGCAGUGGAGACAGGGUGGGAAUCCCAAACGAUGGGGCAGCAAUGAGUAAUGACGGGAAGUAUGCAACGGAUUAUUCCAGAAGUCGCUACCAGAAUCCGUCGUCCUACAGCAGCGGGGUCGACGACUACAGGCGACCACAAUCCUCGUCUCUGUACUCCUCAGAGAGUUCGCUAGCCAGUGAAAUGAACAACCAAACUCUGCGUAAGGCCCCUUUAGCCCCAACUCUUCAUCCCCACCCACAGAGCCAGCAACAGCAGCAGCACCACCACCACCAACCGCCGCAACAACCACAGCCACACCUCCCCCUCUCCUCCCUAUUGGAUGAUUCGGAGGACGAGGUCACCAGCAGCGCGAUGUCGGCCAUCGCCGCUGCAGCCGCAGCCUCUUGUGAUCUAAACACAGAAAGCCGGGAAGGAGAGAGGAGGGAUAUCAUUGGAGGCCUGCUGGGGGGGUUGGGGUUUGGUAACCUGGGCGGACCGUCAUCCACAUCCAGCCUCAACGGUUCCACCAUGCCUUUGACCCACCCUAGCCAGCCCCACGCCAAGCCCAGGAGGCCGAGGAAGCCCCGGGAGAAGAGGGACCCGAGCAGCAUCGUCAGGAGAAGGAGGAGCCCUGCGCCUCCGGGGGACGGGACAGAGAGGCCCUACAGCUGUCAGAUUUGUUGCAAACGUUUCAGAAGGGCGGAGACCCUGCGGCGCCACAACCGCGUCCACACGGGGGAGAAGCCUCACGCCUGUGACGUAUGUGGCAAAAUGUUCCGCGAGCCUUUCCACCUCACCAAGCAUCUGACCGUGCACUCUGGUCAAAAAAACUACAAAUGCAAUCUGUGCGGGAAGAUGUUUGCCUACGCACAGAGCCUAGUGAGACACGGGAAGCUGCACAGGAAAGGUGAGAUCGACAGCCAGGGGAGGAGAAUUAAAGGUGCUGCUGCUGCCGCCGCCGCUGCCGCCAUCAGUCAAGUCGCCGCCUCGGGAAACUCUGACUACUUCUCAGCUUGCUCCCAAGGAGAGAAGUCUCCAACAUCUGGCACCCCCUCUCAGCGGCUGUAUACCUGUACAGUGUGCUGGAAGUCAUUCCGCCACUAUUUCCACCUGACGGCACAUCAACAGACUGUCCACGGUGGCGGGGUGGGGCUGGAGAAGUCCUUUCGUUGUGAAGUAUGUGGUAAAGCCUUCGCCUACUCCAACAGCUUAGUGCGCCACAAGCUGUCUCAACACGGCAUCGACCGCAGUGGCCAGCGAGUCAACCAGUCCCAACCCCCCGGAUACUCACCACUCUUCUAUGAUUCUGGAUCAGGUCCAAACUACGCCGGGUCGUCUCACAUGCAGCAAGGGGCGACUGGGCAACAGCAGCAGCAACAACAACAACAACAGCAGCAACCGCCGCAACAACAACAACAACAACAGCAGCAACAGCUGCAGCUGCAGCACCCUUUUCACUACCGCUCAAAAAACUUCCAAAAGCGGCAUGGACAAACAAAAAAGCAAAGAAAAAAAAAAAGACGAGUGCUGAUCCACAGCAUCAUGAGGGACGGAAAGCUGGUGGGUGUCCCUCUGAGCAAAGACACCCGCAGGAAGCUGCUGGCUCUGAGGAGGAAGAGGGGCAAACUGCAGGCAGCGCUCAACAAAAAAAAGCUCCUGUCCCAGCUGAGGAUGAAGGGCGGCGUGAUGAACGUGAAGUCGUGGAGCGGAGGUGCCGUGAAAGUCGCCGGACUGACAUCGAUGGAAAUCCCCAUCAAGCGCUUCCCCUGCCCCAUCUGCCCCAGCACCACGUAUGCCAAGCAGGGUUCUCUGCUGAUCCACCACGCCAUCCGGCACCCGCCGAGAAACUCAGGCCGCCACGCCCGUCUGCGGUGCCAGGUGUGUGGGAGACGCACCAGCUCAUUACACAAAGCCUUGAAACACAGGGGCCACCAUCUUAAACAAGCCGCAUUCCAAUGCCGCAAAUGCCGACACCGUUUCUGGAACCCCCGCCUCCUGGAACGCCACAAGUUCUGCUGCCGGGGGGCGCCUGCUGGCGUGAACUGGGAACUGAUGAGGAUGAAAUCUCCGCCGUCAGAUAAUGUCCCUUCACCGCCUCAGCUAACGGUCCCAGUUCUGGUCCAGCCUGAGAGAUCAACAGUUCUGACUGAGUACAGUCAGUAAAAAAAACAAAAACACUUUUCUAGACUAGAUUGUUUUGAUGUUUAUUUUUUUUAAAUAAUCCAAGAAGCAAGCAAGAGCUAGCAAGUUUUUAACAGAACAAGAUGGGCGAACGCGGAGGGUUUAGUGUAACUACCGUCACAUCCCCACAGCCCUCCUGAAUACAAUCCUAACUUACGGCAGCGGAGGUGGCUGAUAAAUUAGAGUGGACUUCAAAAGGCCCAAAACACCUCCCCUCAGGUGGAGGAACUCUAGACAGUUUUAGUAGCACCAGUUCGAAAAAAAUGCAUUAAUCCAGUUUCGUUCCAUCAUGUUUUAUUUUAUUUUUAAUUUUCCCAUUAGCAGCGUUGGCGCAUAAAUACAGAUUGGAUGCCGAUUUAGUAGAAGUGAGGUACCUUUUAGUACCAGUUUAUUUUUUCAAAUUGUUUUCACAUUAUUCACAGUUAAACCGUAUAGUCCGUGUCUCUUGCUCUGUAUGUGUUUAUUUGUUACCCCAGUGGAGAAUCUCUCACUUUUUAUACUGAGAUGACAUCUGCCCUCGAGAUAAAUUAAAUCUUUUAAGAAAAAUAGAAAUCCAUAUGAAAAGUAAAGGCUCUAAUCUGUCACGAAAGGCAGUUUGAUGUGCUAAAAGUGACUGAAAAAGGAGUUAGGACAAAACAGAAAAGUGUUGGUGACCUUGUUUUUAAUGUACACUACUUAUGUCAUUUUUUUAAAGAGGCGUGGACGGAGAGAAAACACGACUCAAACUGUUAAUGUAUUCAGGAUUUGAAAAGGACAGCAGAAAUAACCGGAGUGUACUGUACAAUUCGUAUUAUAUUUUAUUAUAUAUUGAUGAUUUGCUGUUUUUUACUCCAAGUAUCAUUUCUUUUAUCAUCGUUGGUAUUGUAUGGGUGGGAGGGAAUGAGUUGGGGGACUAUCUUUGUAAAACAGCGGGAUGAGUAUAUGUAUCGAUGUGAUAUUUUUUUCCCCUCCCUGUACCCCUUUUACCCACUCCCUCAUUGCCACAGUUAUGCCCAAUUUUUGUAACAAAAGCGUGUACACAUAGUUCAUUACUUAGGUCCUGUCCAGACGUGUUUUUUCUUUUUUUUCUGUAAAACUAAAACAUGUAAUAUUAUUACUAAAUUACUAUCCUUUUCUUUGCCUAAAAGUGAGUUGUUGAAAACCCUCAAAUCAAAUAAAAAAACAAAAACUGAAA